AUGGAUAAUACCAAGAGACUGACCACAAAAGAUCAAGGGGUCGUCGUUGAUCUCGAAACCAUUCAGCAACUUUUGAUCGUGUUUCGUCGGUACCACCAACUUCUCACCCACAUCGUAUCAAGUCGCCACCAGAAUAUGAUAUCGCUUUCAAAUUGCGACUACCAAUCUUUUACGGGAGAUCCAUUGCCGGCAACAAGAAUCGCUGAAACCGUAAACGAGCACACAGUUGCUCAAAAGCAAUCGAUGUAUGCGCACAGUGAACACUCGAUAACAGGCCACAAGGUUGAUAACAAAUUGUUGCUCGUCGACAGACAUGGACAGCAAGAAAUCAACGUGUGCACCGUCGAAGCAGCAAGAAACAGCGCAGAUGAUCACAAGCUAACAAAUGACCAUAACAAACUGCUUCAGGAAGGAAAAGAUACCCUUAAACUGCUUAGAAGUAUGAACUUCUGUGCUAAAAAUCAAGGUCAAGAAGCUUCUGCUUAA